UUUUUUUAGUGACUUGGUUUGUUGGAAAAAAAAAUUGUUUUCUUGGCCUCACGGUGUCAAACUGUUGAGUAAUAGUGAAAGCAACCGGCAAAAAAAUAAACACUAAUCUAAUGAGGUUGUUUGAAUUUAAGCAAAUGAGAUGAUUAUAUUUCGGUUUAGUGUUGGAAGUGCAUCGGGAUGAUCAUAAGUGUGGCUCUAUCGAUCAAAGUUCACAAUUUCAUGUCUCAUUCGUCUGCUGGGCAACCAUUUCUCCCUGCAUGUGAGAAAGAGGCAGUAAAAUGCUGAAAUGUCUCUUGAUUCCAGAGGUCACCAGAAGUUCAGUAUGGACAGAGAUUAGGCCGGAAUAUAGCAAUGUGGAAGGGAUCCACCCGGGAUUUCGUUGAUCGGGCAUUUCAGUUGAGCUUUAACUGUUGUGAGGCAUUGGUGAAUAUUCUCGUGACUCUUCCAGGCUAUCUUGUGUGCUUUGAGAUUUCUUGAGUGAGCCCCAAAUUAAUUAAAUUUGUUCAACUGGUGAACAACCAAAAAAUAUCAAGUUGGAAGUUCUUUUUCACUGCUGGAGUGUAAAAGUCCCAAAAAUUCUGUAGUUUCUUUCAAAGUGCAAUCAAUAGCCUAAGAUGGCUGGUGGUCAGAUAAAGCGACGCAAUUCGGGAUUGCCAAGGAUGGAGGCUGUUGCCAGGAUUGGUAGUAUUCCACUUGUGGAAACUAGCCUCAAGACGGCUGAAACAGUUUAUUCCAGCAUCAAGAGGAGCAAUACCCUCUUCAAUUGGUACUUUAGCACCGCCGAGGCCACUCUUUGGGCUGCUGUCGACUCCAUUAGGCCAGCUGUGCGUCUGGUAGAAGGACCUCUCAAUAAAAUCGACAAUAUCAUGUGCAAGAGUCUUGACAUUGUCGAACGAAGGGUACCCAUUGUCUAUCUUCCACCUCAAGUGGUUUACUACAAUACCAAAGAAUACAUGUCCGAUCACUUAGUGCGCCCUGUGAUAAGAAGGGCGAAUUCAGUGAAGGAAUUCGGGCAUUCAGUGAUGGACAGCAAAGUGUCCAACUAUGCUGCUGAUAGAAUUGAUGGCGCCAUCCAUGUUGCGGAUAAAUACGUGGAGAGAUUCCUCCCGGAACAGAAUGGCCAAGAUGAAGUUGACUUGGACAACAACAAGAACGCGGAGGAUGACAGCAAGGAAAUCCACGUAAUCCAGACUAUCCAUCGUGGUCAGAGAUUCUCCCGGAAAUUGAAGCGUCGUCUCACGAAGAGAACAAUUGCAGAGGCCCGUGCUUUGAAGAAGCAGAGUGUCGAGGCCAUACAUAUCCUGGUCUAUGCGACAGAAUUAAUUAUAACAGAUCCUAAGCAAGCAGUUCAGCGUGCUCAGGAACUGUGGGCAUAUCUCAGUGAGAACGAGCCUGAAAAUCAGGCGCGUCCGGAAACGCUGGAACAGUUGUUGGUACUGAUUACGAGGGAGACUGCACGUCGAAUUGUGCAUUUUAUCAAUUUUACGGUGACUACGGUCAACAAAUUGCCAAAAACGGCAAAAUCAAAGGCCACGGACAUGAUUCAUCACUUUAUCUACAUCACUGACUCACUAAUUCGCAUGGCGCACCUCGAGAAGGUCAAAAUGAGGCUCGUGAAGGAGGCCAAUGGACUUUACUACAGGGCUCAUGUUUUCUACGAUGCAAUCCAGCGAUAUGCUACCAAUGCACUUGAACGUUUGGCCAUAUUUCUCUCUGGGCGCCUCGAGGCCGAGAAGAUCACUUCAAGUCCAAGACGUCGGAUCCAGACGGGUACCAAUAAUAAUCAAAUGCAUAACAACAUCAAUGGAGUCUAUUAGUGCCGCAGUGUCGGUCAUCCUCCUCUAUUCUUUUCUACUACUAACCUAUCUGCACUAUCAGUGGCAUUUUAUGAAGAUAACCAUUGUCGCUUUGUAAGUAAAACCCAAUCCAAUUACUAACAAAUCCUCUAUUACCUAUUUCUAAAAUACAAAUUUGGUGUAGAAUUUAUUCUUUUUUCGGGGAUCCUCUUAAGCCAUUAUUACCAAGAAACUCUUACCACGUGCUUCUGUUUUCAGCUGCCCCAGUUAUCUCUCUUAUUAAAUAAAAGAAUUUCUUGUAUGGUUUA